GCGGGAGAAACAGUCCGCCGGAGACUUGACUUGAAUCCCCGCCGAGCCCCGAAUGAUCGAAGGCCAUCGAGCGUACCGGUAGUACCUGCUGAACGGCCAGGGAGAUGUACCCAGAGAUAGCUCUGACGACCAAGCGAGUGUUGCUACCGGUAGGUAGUCGACGAUAGGUGAGGAAGGGUAGUCAGCAGGGACAGGCUAGGCUUUGCCGGCGGGCGAUAGAGCUGUGCUGCUUGUUGCCGCCAACCGCAUGAGCGGGUGGAAUCGAGCCGUCGUCUUUCGUUUGGUGUAGUCCGCGGAGCAGAGGAGAGCAGCAGAGGAGAGCAGCAGAGAGGAGCAGAGAGUGAGUGCGUCGGUGCGUGCUGGUGGUUGAUUGAUCUUGAGGCUUCGUCAUCAAUCAAUCAAUCAAUCAAUCAUCAAUCAUCGUGUCCGCGUCUUCAUCACCGAAGAAGAAAGUAGGAAGCUUCAGCUAUGGCGAUCCGCAUCAUCAACCCGCAUGCAGAGAUCCUAAACAGGAAUUCGGCGCUAUUCACCAACAUCAAUGCAGCACGGGGACUGCAAGAAGUGUUGAAAACUAAUCUGGGCCCUCGGGGCACCAUCAAAAUGUUGGUGGGUGGUGCUGGAGAUAUAAAGUUGACGAAGGAUGGGAACAUUCUGCUCAAGGAAAUGCAAAUUCAAAACCCUACCGCGGUUAUGAUAGCUCGAACUGCCGUCGCUCAAGAUGAUAUCAGCGGUGAUGGCACGACAUCGACGGUGCUUCUCAUCGGCGAGCUCAUGAAGCAAUCGGAACGGUUCCUUAACGAAGGCAUGCAUCCGAGGCUGAUCUGUGAUGGGUUUGAGAUUGCGAAGAAGGCCACCGUUAAUUUCCUGGAACGAUUCAAGCAGCCAGUUGCCAUCGGAGAUACGCCGGACAAGGAAAUGUUGAAGAUGGUUGCAAGAACGACCCUUCGAACGAAGGUUCACGAGGAGCUUGCGGACCAGCUUACGGACAUCGUUGUGAAUGCGGUACUUUGUGUUGCUAAGAAGGAUGAGCCGAUCGAUCUGUUUAUGGUGGAGAUCAUGCACAUGAAGCAUAAGAUUGACACUGACACGAGGCUGGUCGAGGGAUUGGUAAUGGACCACGGUGCUCGGCAUCCUGACAUGAAGAAGCGCAUGGAGAACUGUUACAUUCUGACAUGCAAUGUAUCGCUCGAGUAUGAGAAGAGCGAAGUUAAUGCAGGGUUCUUUUACAGCAGUGCCGAGCAGCGAGAAAAGAUGGUGAAGGCAGAGAGGCAAUACGUUGACAGCAAAGUCCAGAAAAUCAUCGACCUUAAGAAGCAGGUCUGCACGACUCCAGACAAGCAUUUUGUGGUGAUCAAUCAGAAAGGAAUUGAUCCAAUCUCACUGGACAUGUUGGCAAAAGAGGGGAUCCUUGCACUUAGGAGGGCGAAGAGAAGAAACAUGGAACGCCUUACGCUAGCAUGUGGUGGUGACGCUGUGAACUCUGUCGAUGAUUUAACCGAAGAUGCACUGGGCUGGGCAGGCCUUGUUCAAGAGCAUGUGUUAGGAGAGGAGAAAUACACGUUCGUUGAGAAUGUAAAAAAUCCUCGCUCUUGUACCAUUUUGAUCAAAGGUCCGAAUGAUCAUACGAUUGCUCAGAUCAAGGAUGCAGUGCGCGAUGGCCUCCGAGCUGUGAAGAACACGAUCGAAGACGAAGCUGUUGUACCGGGUGGUGGAUCGUUUGAGGUGGCGGCAUGGCACUACUUGAUGAACAAUGUCAAGAAGACUGUACAGGGGCGCGCCCAACUGGGUGUUGAGGCCUUUGCAGAGUCUCUUCUUGUGAUUCCCAAGAUCCUGGCAGAGAAUUCGGGUUUUGACACGCAGGAAGUCCUCAUUACGCUACAGUCUGAACAUGAUGCGGGGAACCCUGCUGGACUCAACAUCACCACAGGGGAACCGAUGGAUCCGGCGACAGAGGGUGUGUUCGACAACUACUCGGCAAAGCGGCAAAUGCUCAACUCAGCGCCUGUCAUUGCUUCGCAGUUGCUGCUGGUGGAUGAAGUGAUGCGCGCAGGCCGCAACAUGAGGAAAAGUUGAGGAAUUGGAACGACAACAAUAAGCGGCUGCCAGCGGUGCGGGAUUCUUUGUUUGGGUGACAGGCUGUUCUGGUCGAAUGGAUCUGCUUUUUUUUCUUGCUUUUCUUUUCUUUUAGCGUCAUUCUCUGGCGGGAGGCGAAGAGUCUUCAAGAAGGUGUGUUGAAGUGAGAAGAAAGGUCGUUGUUCCGGGGCUCUACCGACUCGUCUUCAAAUUGUUGAAGUGAAAGGUUGUUUGUUGUUUGUUGUUCUGGCGCUACGGACUUGAUAUAUGUGUGUAACAUGCAGAAAAAUGCUAAAAGAUGGUCCGAGGGCGUGGGACAAACUGGGACAAAGUGGGACACUGUCUUCCUUAUCUCAGCAUGUUGUGGGAUGUGAGAACUGGAGCGAUCGUCUUUGGCUUGCCACUGUUGUAGGUGGCGCGGGCAGCAGUGUCGAUUGUGAGGCUUUAGGCGUUGGUUGGUUUAGCGGUAUAUUGGUCAUGGAUUACGAAGCGAGUACUUGUCUUUUCUAAGCUAGUGGAUCUCUCUUGUUUACUGCGGGACUCUGGGAUUUUCUGGGUAGGUGGUCCUUAGAGGGACCCGAAGAUUUUUGUCGAUGUUUCGAGGGAGGGAUGUGGUUUAGGCGGGUAUUGCAGCGAUGUUUUGAUCGUUUGCUCGGUGGCGUGUAUUCUUGAAUGUG